AGUUGCCUGCCAUCCUAAACAGCCACUAAUAACUAUGGGCAGCCACAGUGGCACCAUUAAGAUUUGGGAUUAUGAGUGUAAAGAGGCAAUCUGCAGCAGGGUCUUCUCGGCCCCACAAACAGAUCCUGUGUAUUACCUACGAUCCACAAGAUUUUGUAUAUCUGUUCAUGAUGGUGUGCUUCGGGCCCUCUUAUGGUUCUCCAGUGAAAAAGAUGGCCAUCCUACCUGCAUCUAAGGAUGACGAUCCUAAUUCUCGUUACAUGGCAUAUAUAACACAAGAUAAGGUUGGCAUUCAGAUUCUUCCUCUGGAUGGAAACCCUCACAAUUCUUUUGCAAUGAUCUGCCACUCAACAGGCGUGUCAACUCUGGCUUGUUCAUAUGAUUGUAGUAGAUAUGCUUUUACUGCUGGAGGACAGGACUGCACUGUCUUUUCAUGGGAGCUCAGUUUGUCGAUAGUUCGGACACCUGAUUGAAAUUGUAACUAUGUACAGCUUAUUGUGUUUGCCACCUCACAAUUCUGUGGACAAAGAAUUAGCUUCUGCUUUUCACUCAUUCGAAUAUACGCAAAU